AUGGCGUAUACGUUCCAUAUACGGCCGUACCGUAUUCGUAUAGGUUUUCGGGUUCAGAAAUACGGCACCGUAUUAUACGAGCCGUAUCCGUAUAAGGGUCGUAUUAUACGGCCCGUAUCCGUAUACGGUACAGUACCGAGCCCUACAUCUAAGCUGACCAAGGUUACAGAAUUUACGAAAGAAAUCUCGGUCCAAAUUGUCAGAGAGGAAAGAUAG